UCUCCUGGAAACCCACCCAGAACAUCCACCUUCUAACACCAUGGUCACCUCCUGUUGUGGUUCUGUCUGCUCUGACCAGGGCUGUGGCCUGGAGACCUGCUGCCGCCCCAGCUGCUGCCAGACCACCUGCUGCAGGACCACCUGCUGCCGCCCCAGUUGCUGUGUGUCCAGCUGCUGCAGACCCCAGUGCUGCCAGUCUGUGUGCUGCCAGCCCACCUGCUGCCGCCCCAGCUGCUGCAUCUCCAGCUGCUGCCGCCCCUCUUGCUGUGAAUCCAGCUGCUGCCGCCCCAGCUGCUGUGUGUCCAGCUGCUGCAGGCCCCAGUGCUGCCAGUCUGUGUGCUGCCAGCCCACCUGCUGCCGCCCCAGCUGCUGCAUCUCCAGCUGCUGCCGCCCCUCUUGCUGUGAAUCCAGUUGCUGCCGUCCCAGAUGCUGCCAGACCACCUGCUGCAGGACCACUUGCUGCCGACCCAGCUGCUGCAUCUCCAGCUGUUGCAGACCCCAGUGCUGCCAGUCUGUGUGCUGCCAGCCCAGCUGCUGUGUCUCCAGCUGCUGCCGCCCCUCUUGCUGUGAAUCCAGCUGCUGUCGUCCCUGCUGCUGCCUGCGUCCAGUCUGUGGCCGAGUCUCCUGCCACACCACUUGCUAUCGUCCAACCUGUGUCAUCUCCACCUGCCCCCGCCCUAUGUGCUGUGCCUCCUCUUGCUGCUGAGCUUCUUUCCUGAACCUGCCUCCUCCCCUUCAUCUCACUGAUCACAGAAGCAAACCUUGUGCAUCUCAUAGACAACUCAGGAGAGGCCAUCCCCACCAACUGUGUCCAUAUCUUGGACAUAUAUCUAGGAUAUAUGUCCUAGAUAUGCAUCUAGAAUAUAUCUAGGAUAUAUGAAUAUAUCUAGAGUAUAUCUAGGAUAUAUGUCCUAGAUAUACAUCUAGAAUAUAUGUUCACCAUGUUGAUCCAAGUAUGAAAUUAGAUGUUAUUUACAGCAAGAAAUUAAAAUAAUUUACAAAAUUGUAUACCCUAUAUUUUUAUUUAUGGAUACCAAGUCCCUCUGUUCCAAAUAUGGAAAUUCUUGCAGAACUAGUUGGGGCAAGGAUGUCUCACUCUCAGAUCUGAAAGUCUGAUGGUUUCACCCUAUACUUCUGUUUACAGCAAUGUUUGUGUAUCUUAUUUUUGCUGAUUCUGAAUAAAACUCCACUUUCAUCACACUGAAAUACAAUGUUCUUUUUGCAUUGCUUUGUAAUGAUUGUCCUAAGUUCCUGAGAAAUUAUAACCAAAACACAA